GUCCGGAACCAUCCGCUGAUUGAUUGGUUUGAGAUCCUGUUCCGUUGAUAAGCACUCCCGAACUAGCAAGCCAAGUGGAAUACAUGACCCACCUAUAUAUACCUGGAAUUUUGAUUACCUCCCUCCAAACGCCUCUGACAGUCCCUCAAACUCUCUGUCCACGAUGGUCGAGUUUCUAGCGCAGAUGUAUAUCACCGGGAUCUGGCUGGAGGCGGUCUUGUAUGGUACCAACUGCGUCUUAUUCUGCAUUUGUCUUUUCAUCCUACUAGGUCAUCACGGAGCAUCUCGAAAAACGCUCCUGUUCUCGAGCGUCGUCCAAUUUUCGUUGGCUACAGCACAUGUUAUCAUAAGCUUGCUAGAGUUGAUGGCUGCUUUCGCAACUUCAGCCAGCGCUGCUGAUAACUACUUCGCUGACCCUGGUGGCAACGAACUGUACGUUGGUGGCUUCUUUGUAUACGUCGUCAAUACAUUCGCUCAAGAACUACUUCUAAUUUGGAGACUAUACGUGAUCUGGGGUCGCAACUUCAAGAUUUGUAUCAUACCGUUCAUUCUCUGGAUGCUUCACUGCAUUAUAGCGUCGAUCGCCGUUUCUGGCUUUAUGCCCGCAACAGCAACGCCUCUUACGCGCAAUGUCCAUUCAUACGGACUCGCUGGGUGGGGUCUCGAGACUGGUGUCAAUUUUCUUGCGUCAGGCGGCAUAGCAUACCGUCUAUGGCACGCAGGGCGCCGCACGGCUGUUCUCACAGGGCGACCCAACUACAAGGCUAGCUUCUUCAUCAUUAUCGAAUGUGGGGCCCUUAUCACAACAUGUACCGUGAUCAUGUUCGCCCUCUAUGCAGCAAACAAACCGGAAGGACUCGUUGGGGUCGGAGCAGCUACUCAAAUUGCGACUACCUCGCCGUUAUUAAUCAUCGCGCGGGUGGGAUUCGCCAUGUCCAAGAGAAAGACGGUUUCGACAGCGGCCACCUUUUCUACCCUCCCGAAUCCCUUACAAGUGAAUGUUAACGGGGCAUCGUAUACAUACAAGGAUUACCCACUAGAUGACGUUUCAGCUGGGGGAAGUGGAUCAAGGGACACGAAAGAAACGAAAAUAGAGAUUGCAGCUUGAGUCGAUCGCAUAUAUCGGCAGAAAAGGAGUUUAGACAAAGAUAUUGAUGUUGUUAUGACCUACAAGUUCAAAAUAAAC